ACGGCCUCACCGUAAGCGCCUGUGCGACUAAGAUCAAACAGGGAAGUUGAUAUAAAAAUUUCGAUUUCGUCGAAACUAUGACAAGUUGUUACUAAUUGUAAUUUUAUUACAUUGCAUAACAUUAUUUCGUCAACAAAAUAUAUCUCCGUAUAUAAAUGGAAAAACAUGGAAUCAGAAGAAAAAGUUGAUAAGGUAGAAAAAGUUGAAGAGAAAAUAACACCAGAUGUUGCAGCAUUACCAGUGAGCCGACCAAAGUUAAAAGAACAAACCAGUGUUAGUAGCACAGGCAAGAAAGUGACCCGUAGUAAAACCAAACCUCUAUAUUUCUGGACAAGUGCCGAUGUGAACAAAUGGUUGAAGAAACAUGGUGGACACUGCCAUGAUCUGUAUGGUGAACUGUUCCUUAAUCAGGAAGUUACGGGGAGAACUUUGAUACGCCUUACAGAAAUCAAACUUGAGAAGAUAGGUAUAGUCAAUUCACAACAUAGACAGGAGUUAAUGCAUUAUGUGUUAAAGCUAAGGUUAAAGCAUGAAGCGACAGAUUUGAAAAAUCUUGAUCAGAAAGGUUCAGGAUUUGAGCUACCUGUACCAGAUACAAAGAAACAGUCAAUAAAAGAGAAGAAAGAGAAAAGAUAAUGUUUUCUAGUCCAGUCACCAUUACACCACUGCUGCUCUUCUUAUAGUCGUGUUUGCUCACAGUGAAACAGUCACUUGCACUAAAUACAAAAUAUUCAAAAAUACUUCAAGAAUAUUUAAAUUUAGAUUUAACAGUUAAAGAAAACGUUUUUAGUAUAUAUUGUUUUGGAAACAUUUUGUUUACCUUGUGAUUAUUUUCUUCAUGUGCAAAUUUUAUGUCAUGAAGAAAACGUUUUAGAGUUAUGGAUUCCCAAAAUGGCAUUUUUGUUCAAAAAAAUGACUAUGUUGAAUGAUCUAACUCUGUUUCAUACCUUAACAACAGUAAAUUAAUUUUUUUCAUAUUUGCAGUUUCUGCCUGAAUUAUUUACUGGUGUAUCGCUCUUACAGCUUUAGUCACAACUGAAUUUUUGUGAUAGUACAAUUCAGAAACCAGUCUGUAUGUUUUCAUUUUUUGAGGGGCCACUCUGUGAAAGUAUUUCUUGUUCAGCAUUCUAUUUUUAAAUGGUUAAUCUCUCAAAAUGUGAUCUGUUAUGUUGUACAGGUGAAAGGAGACUGUUCUGAAAGAAUUGUAAACCUUAACCUUUACCCUACUAAGUUUUUAAAAUGGGCUGGUCCAUCAUUCAAUUUGGGCAAUACCAUUUAUUAUUCAAAGGGGUGUUCACUUAAAAUUUACUAACUGAAUAGCGAACAUUGCAGACCAUGAUCUGGACGUGCAGGCUGAUCUUGAUCUGCACUGGUCGCAAAGACAGAAUCACUUGACGCCAGCAGGCUUAAGGUUAAGUAGGGUGUUCUACUCAUAGUAGACAAAACUGAGCUGCUGAAAAGUAAACCAGUCAAAUGGGAAACAAUAUUCAGUAUACCAGUCUGACCAUGUUUCCAUGAACCAAGAAAAACCAGUUUAAACCAUAUAGUUGAUAUUUUUUUGAAUACUUUAAUUCGUUGUUCAAAAGUCUUGUGACGUGCCAAUUUAACUGUUAAUUAUUUUUGUAGGAUUUGUACUUUAUAUGCAGAUUAAGUCACCAUAGAUGGUGGUAAUAAAAAUUACAAAAUCAUUCAUUUGUUCCAAAUUUUACACGGACAAAACAGCUAACACUAAACUGUACUACACAUGUAAGCUAGGCUUCUGAGUUUUAGAAAAUGUGGAAAUUAUUUUUUACACCAAGUAACAUGUAAAUAUUUUGGAAGUGUUGCUGUAUAAUGUUGAAUUCAUAGAGUAAUACAAUGUACUACUUUUCAGUCUAUGCACAUAUAAUGAUUGAAUUGAAGUAACCAAGAGUUGUAUUAUAGUCAUCAGUAAUUUUAUUGGUAAGUUGUAAACUAUCAUUACUUGUUAUGAGCCUAUGCAAUUUCAUGAGAUUCAAAAAUGUAGUACAGUGAGAUUCCAAAUGACCUUUCUAGCAGAGGUUGUAUGCAUAUUCAUUAGAAACAGAAUUUACUGGAACUCUAAACUGAAAGGUCUUGGAACCAAAGAAAAUGUUCAGUUUUGAAGGCUUCCUGAUACAGAGGGGUAACUGCACUAGAACAAAACGUGAUUGUUGAGUUGAGAAGAAUGUUCACUUUCCAUGACUUGGUUAAGACAGUUUCCAGUGUAUAUCGGAAAAGGGUAGUGCAGUUCUUAAAGUUACAGGAACACUGCCUUCUGCUACACUUUGAAAUUUAUACAAGCGGCAGAUAUAGAAGCCUAAUUUAUGGGUGUGUUUUGCCAGGAAAGGUCAUUUUGAAUCACAGUUUGACAGGAAAUAAAUAAUACCAUUUGAUGCAAAAUUAAACAAAACUUUUAUCCUUGGAAUAUUAUUCAACUUGAUUGGUAAAAACAUCUUUAGCAAGUUGACCCAAAUAUGUAAUACUGAAUCGUGAAUUGAAUUUGUAAAAUACAGGAAGUUAAAUGGAUGCCCAACAUGACUUUUCAUAAAACAUACUAUCGUAUGUCACUUUAUUAAAAAAAACAUUGUUGAAGAUAGUGCAGUGUGUCGAGUGAUAUUGACUUCCCAUUGUGGAAGAUUUUGUCAAGUGGUAUUGACUUUCAUAAGAAAUUGAGCCGUGCCAUGGGAAAAUCAACAU